UGCGAAUUCUGUAUAGCCUAAUACUUGGUACUGAACUGAUCGAUUCAGAGACCAGAUAGGAAACAGACACGUGUGAAAACUGGUUAAAAAGAGCUAGUUGAAGGACAAUAGAAGGAGAGCGGCCACCAUCAUGGGCGACCAAUACACCGACAUCAAGUUCGAGAUCAAAGGUCAGAUAGGAAUCAUCAAGUUCAACCGCCCCAAAGCCCUGAACUCGUUCGGCGGCAACCUCAUUCAAAACACCAUCUCCGCGCUUCGCCAUCUCAAUGAGCACCCAGACACCAUCUUCACCGUUAUUACCGGCGAAGGCCGAUUUUUCAGUGCUGGUGCAGAUGUCAAAGUUAUCACACACGAUGACGACAACCCGACGAACGAAGCAGUCAAAAAAUUGAAGUUUCUGGCGAGGUUUGGUUAUGCACAAGAGCUCCUCCGCUCCAUGAUAGACCACAAAAAAGUCCUCAUCCUAGCCCUCAACGGCCCUGCCGUUGGCGGCGGCGCGGCCUGGUUCCCUGGCAUUGCCGACAUCGUUCUGGCCUCAUCCACCGCGUGGCUGCAAUGCCCCUUCAGCGCCCUCGGUCUUGUGCCCGAAAACGGCUCUGCGCUCUCCUUCGCGCAGUCCAUUGGCAUCCACCGCACAAACGACUUCCUGAUGUUCGGCCGCAAAUUGACUGCUCAAGAACUACUCGAUGCUGGCUUGUACAAUUAUGUGUGGGAAGAGACGGGAGAUGCGUUUCAGGACAAGGUGGUAACGUUUUUGGAGGAGCAGUUGGCGGUUAAUGAUGGGAAGAGUAUGUGUGAGAUGAAGAGGUUGCAGAACGAUCCUAUUCGGGAUGCUAGGUUUCUCGCGGUGGUCAGGGCAGUUGAUGCGCUCAGUGAGAGGUUCGUUGAGGAUGCGCCGAAGAAGAGGUUCGAGGCGAAGAGGAAGGAACUGGAUGAGAAGAGAGCUGCGAGGUCGAAAAUCUAG